AUGGUCGACCCCCUCCCCCGCCUCCCCCCAACAACCCGCCUCUCCCCCCGCGUGAUCCGCAUCCUCGGCGGCAACCCCUCCAAAUUCGCCCUGCAGGGCACAAACACCUAUCUCAUCGGCAGCGGGCGCGAGCGACUGCUGCUCGACACGGGGGAGGGGAAACGAAUCUGGAAAGAGGAAUUGAAGAAGGUGCUGGAGGGGGAGGGGUGUACUUUAUUACCAUCCAAGGGAAAGGGAAAGGGAAAGGGAAAGGAAGGGGGAGGGGGAGGGGUGUUGUUGACGCAUUGGCAUGCGGAUCAUGUAGGCGGGGUGCAAGACGUGAAGGAGAUUCUUCUAGAGGGUAAGAAUGAAAGUGAAAGUGGCGAAGAAGAAGAAGAAGUAAAAAUCUACAAAAACAACCCCUCCCCCGGCCAACUCGAGAUUCAAAACGGCCAGACUUUCUCCGUCCAAGGCGCGACGCUCCGCGCCCUCCACACCCCAGGCCACACGACGGACCACAUGGCCUUCUUCCUCGAAGAGGAAGCAGCCAUGUUCACGGGCGACAACGUGCUCGGGCACGGGACGGCGGUGUUUGAAGACCUAGCCACAUACUUGCGGAGUUUGGAGACGAUGGCGGCGACGGAGGGGUUCGAGGGGCGGGCGUACCCGGGGCAUGGCGAGGUGGUGGAGAAUGGGAGGGGCAGGGUGCGGGAGUAUCUUGCGCAUCGGAAGCAGAGGGAGGAGGAGAUUUUGGGGGUUUUGGGGGGGCGUGAGGCUGAGGCUGAGGGGGAGCAGGGGGGAGGGAAGUGCAGGUGGUCGAGUAUGGAGAUUGUCAAGGUGGUGUAUCAGGCGUAUCCGGAGAAUUUACAUGCGCCGGCCGAGGGUGGGGUGAGGCAGGUUUUGAAAAAGUUGGAGGGGGAUGGGAAGGUGAGGGAGGAUGGGGAGAGUGGCAAGUGGAGUCUGGUGGGAGGCAAGGCUGCGUUGUUGUGA